UGCUUUUCUGUUUGCAAGUUUCCCGAACUCCCCGCCUUGGCUCCACCCGCCGGCGGCCCGAGAGGCGGGGAGGCUGGGGCGUCUCGGGCUCCGGGUUCCCGCCUGGCUGCAGCCAGCGCUGGGGUGGGGGUAGGGACAAGCCGCGCGUCCCCAGGUGCACACGGUGCCCGGCGGGCACUGAUUGCACCGAGGGCCUCCCGGGGUGGGCCGGGCCAAGAGGCGCCCGGGCUAGGAAAGCUGGUCUCGCCCCUCCGCGUCCCGGCUCCCCGGAGGGCUCGGGGAUCGCAAGGCGGAGCUGCGGGGAACAACAAAUAAAUCAUUUCAACUUCAAAGCAUCUUAAACUAAAAAACUUUCAACUGUGCUGAAAAACUUAGGAGACGGACAGUUUUUCCUUCCCUUUUAUUUGAAAGAACUUGAAGAAAUAAAAUGGCAGCAGUUCAAAGCUAAUAUUCAGGAUGAACGAUGAUAAUUCAGAUGACAAGACAGGAGAUGAAUUGCAGUCCUUAUUUAUCAGGGAUAAAAAUGGAAAUACAUACAACCAAAGAUCACCAUGUACACAAAACUCUUUAACGAGCAAUGUGAACUGGAAUUCUGCCAACCCAGAUGACAUGGUGGUUGAUUAUGAAGCCAGCCCUGCUGUGGAUGGAGGUGAAAAUAUUUCUUUAAACCAUCAGUAUGAUAAAGUACUUGAUCACCAAAACUCUUCAAGUGAUUUAAUUAGUAAAUGGAUGUUAGAUAUGCCUACAGAUUCCAUCUGUCAGUCUUCUGCACAUGUUUUAAAUAGAGAGGAACCUGAGUAUCUGCAAAACAAUUGUCCUUUCCCAGAAGUUCAAGACCAGAGUGGCGAGCCAUUGUUGCCUUUUGUGUGGAAGCCUAACGAUGAUUUGAACUAUGCAGGCCUCCCUACUGCCUUAGAGCUAAACCAAACAUUUGACAUGAAAGUGGAUCAAGUUAACCGCACUUUUAUAACACAUCAUGUCGUUGAUGAGAGUCAGUCUUUGCAUACCACUGGAAGUCUGCCACCAACUGGUGUGAGAAGUAAAAAUGCAUCGUCUUUGACCUGUUCCACUCAGAUGUCUUCCCAUUCUGAUAAAAUGCAUAUAAGGGAAAAGAGGUGUGAUAGAGAGAGCUUUGAAAACCCUCUAGUAACACCAUCAGAGGCUCAAGACACAGCAUUUUCUGAUGUGUUCAUGCAAACUGAUGUUGUCUCAGAUAUUGGAAAUCAGUGUCAGUAUUCUUCAGGAAAGUUCACCAGUGAAUACACAGAUGGGUCACAGCAGAGACCAGUUGGAGUAAAAGAGAUACAAGCUCUAACACUGGUUUCUGGUGGCAUGGAUGUUCCCAAUGGGUCUGUAUUACAAGAGUUCUUUUGUUUAUCUAAAGAUGAACCAAAUAGUGAGAUGCAUUCACAGAGCUCAUAUGGGCAAAAGGAAAUGGGCCAAAAUCUAAGAGAAACAGUGUCCAAUUGUCUUAUAGACGACGAAUGCCCUUUGUUGGUGCCAGCUUUUGAUAAAAGUAAUACCCAAGUGCUGAACCCAGGGCAUAAAGUCAAUGUGACUGAACACAUACAAAUUGCUCCCAAUGAAAAGGAUUUGGGAACCCAAAACUGUACCUUAGAAUUAAUACUAAGUAGACCACCAGGACAAAAGUCAUUUGAACUGACUUGGGAUGCAAAUGAUAUGGUCAUGAACACAAGUAACACUGUUUGCAUGUCAACACCUAUCCUAGAACCCACAAAUGCAACCUUUUCCAUUUCGCCCAUUGAAGCAACAGAGAAAUGUAGUAAAGUGGUGAAGAGUAAUCGAGAGCUUAGAAAUUUACCAGACCUGAAAGGAGCACCUAUGAACAUGUCUAAACCUAGUCUAGGAAAAUCAGCAACCAAAACUAAUACCCCUAUAGGCAGCAAAGUUAGAAAAACAGAAAUUAUAAGUUACCCAAGACCAAACUUCAAGAAUAUCAAAGCAAAAGUUAUCUCCAGACCAGUGCUGCAGCCCAAAGACCCCGCUUUAUCAAAGGUCACACCCAGAUCUCAGUUGACCAGUGCCUCAUCACCGUCACCAGUGUCAUCCUCAAGACGGAUGACAGUUUUGAACAAAACACCAAGAUCUGACUUGAAUGCAGACACAAAAACAGAAAUUCUAAUUAACAAGACGCAUAAGCAGCAAUUUAAUAAACUCAUUACUAGCCAGGCUGUGCAAGUUACAACUCAUUCUAAAAAUGCUUCACACAAGGUUCCAAGAACAACAUCUGCCACGAAAUCAAAUCAGGAAGAUGUUGACAAAGCAAGUUCUUCUAAUUCAGCAUGUGAGACUGGGUCCGCGGCUGUGUUUUUGCAGAAGAUCAAAGGCGUAAUCCCUGUUAAAAUGGAAAGCACAGAAUGUUUGGAAAUGACGUUCAUUUCCAGCAUCGACAGGAUUAGCCCUGAAAAGAAGGGUGAAAAAGGAAACAGGAUACCUAUGGAAAAACAAGAGCUAAAAAGGGAAGUUAUGAAUGACACCUUUGAAUAUGGUACUCUGUUUUUGGGUUCUGCAUCAAAAACUGCAACCUCUUCAGGCAGGAAUAUAUCCAAGCCUGACUCCUCCAGUCUGAGGAAAACACCUGGUCCAAAAGCUAAAGUGGGACCUGCUGUUUCUUGUCUGAGGCGAAAUAGUGACAGUAGAAAUCUCAAUUCUGAUCGAACCUUUUCUCCUCAGAGGAUCAGGCGUGUGUCCAGUUCUGGAAAACCUGCAUCCUUGAAAACUGCACAGGCUUCUUGGGUGAAUUUGCCGAGACCGCUUCCUAAAUCCAAAGCAUCUUUGAAAAAUUCUGUGCUGCGGAGGACUGGAAGCACCUCCUCCAUUGCCAGCACCCACAGCGAUCUGAGCACCUACAGCAAUAACUCUGGCAGUGCCACUGUCAUCAAGCAUGAGGAAAAAAACUCCAAACCAGCGUAAAAUGGUCCAUCAGGAUCCUUAUAUUUGAAGCCCUUUGUUACAAGAGCUCAUGUACACUUACUAAAGACUCCUCAAAAAGGUCCUUCAAGAAAAAAUGUAUUUACAGCUUUUAAUGCAGUUGAAAAGGGCAGGCAGAAGAAUCCCAGAAGCUCAUGCAUUCAAACCCAGACAUCUCCAGAUGUGCUGUCCCCUGAAAAAACACUCGAAUUGGCUCAGUAUAAAACGAAAUGUGAAAACCAAAGUGGAUUUAUCCUGCAGCUCAAGCAGCUUCUCUCCUGUGGUAAUACCAAGUUGGAAGCAUUAACAGUUGUGAUUCAGCAUCUGCUGUCUGAGCGGGAGGAAGCAGUGAAACAACACAAAACCCUAUCUCAAGAACUUGUUAACCUCCGGGGAGAGCUAGUCACUGCUUCAACCACCUGUGAGAAAUUAGAAAAAGCCCGGAAUGAGUUGCAGAUAGCAUAUGAAGGAUUCGUCCAGAAGCUAAACCAGCAACACCAGACUGAUAUAACAGAGCUAGAGAAUCGGCUCAAAGAAUUUUAUACCGGGGAGUGUGAAAAGCUUCAGAACAUUUAUAUUGAAGAAGCAGAAAAGUAUAAAACUCAAUUGCAAGAGCAGUUUGACAACUUAAAUGCUACCCAUGAAACCUCCAAGUUGGAAAUUGAAGCUAGCCACUCUGAGAAAGUAGAAUUGCUAAAGAAGGCAUAUGAAACCUCCCUUUCAGAAAUCAAGAAAAGCCAUGAAAUGGAAAAGAAGUCACUUGAGGAUUUGCUUUAUGAGAAACAAGAAUCACUAGAGAAACAAAUCAAUGAUCUGAAGAAUGAAAACGAUGCUUUAAAUGAAAAGUUGAAAUCAGAAGAACAAAAAAGAAUAUCAAGAGAGAAAUCAAAUUUAAAAAAUCCUCAGAUCAUGUACCUAGAGCAGGAACUAGAAAGCCUGAAAGCUGUGUUAGAGAUCAAGAAUGAGAAACUGCAUCAACAGGACAUCAAGCUCAUGAAAAUGGAGAAACUGGUGGACAACAACACAGCACUGGUUGAUAAACUGAAGCGAUUCCAGCAGGAGAAUGAGGAAUUAAAAGCUCGGAUGGACAAGCACAUGGCAAUUUCAAGGCAACUUUCCACAGAGCAGGCUGUUCUGCAAGAAUCAUUGGAGAAGGAGUCGAAAGUCAACAAGCGGCUCUCCAUGGAGAACGAGGAGCUGCUGUGGAAGCUGCACAACGGGGACUUGUGCAGCCCCAAGAGAUCCCCCACGUCCUCAGCUAUACCUUUUCAGUCGCCAAGGAAUUCUGGCUCCUUCCCCAGCCCCAGCGUUUCACCCAGAUGACGCUUUCUGAAAGCCGAGAGACUAUCUGGAAGCAUCUGGAUACAGGUCUGCGGGACUGACCCUAACGACCCUGGCAGCAGGAGCUACAUUACCUUACGUGUCAUUGUUGCAGUAUAACUGGAAAGUAAUCACCACCAGAACUGGCUACUUCUAAGACUGGAACUCGGGAGUCAGACUUUUGACCUAGUCCAAAAGACUCUUCCAAAAAAGAUUUCGGAAUUGAUGAUCCGCGUGGAUGCCGUUGCACAACGCACUUAAAGAACGAGAGAAUCUUGUUCAUUGCCUUUUUCACCUAAGCAUAAGGGGAAAAACUCUCAGGGGCCUAUUAUGAUAAAGAUUUAUAACCUUUAUAAUGUCCUUCACCACAGACACCUUCUUGUGAUUUUUAUUUUGGUCUGACUGGGAUGUGUGAAUGAGAUGGAUGUAACAGUGUCCUUUGUCUGAUGUUACCUUCCUUCGCUGUGUAUUAAAAGUCAAAAGCUGAAUAUAUCUGGGUAUGUACUAAUCAAAUAAUAGUGUAUACAUUUCAGCAAAAGCCAUAGAAGAAAGAGCAAUAGUUGCUUGGAUUAUGAUUAUCUACUACGAAUUCCACUCAAUCCUCCGACAUGGGGGCAGAGAGUAUGACAGGAACGGCUUUGACUUGUCAAUGUCUGUACAUUCUCUGUAUCCUUUUGGAGUAACUUGUUGGCAGUUUUUCAAUGUUCAGCCAUGUCAGCUGAAAGUAGCUAGAGUUUUCUGCUGUCGAUUUCCAACUUACCCAUGAGAUCCUAAAUACCAUACCAUGAUCCAUUUUCUCAGGCUGUGAGCAAAUGUAGAAUUCUAAUUUUUCUAAGAAUCUGUACAAAGAUAAAGGGCAGUGCCAAUGGAUUGUUUCUGCCUUAUUUUUACCUUGAUCUAAGCUCUCCUUAUGGAUUUAAACUGUCUUCUCUCCCUUUCUUCCCCAUUCCGCCCAUGUCCUCAUCCCUCAUCCAGUGCCACAAAAGCAUACCUUCUACCUCCUCCCUACUUGUCCCUGGGACAAGGAUAAGCAUUGUGCUUUCCCAGGGCUGGCUAAUCUUACAAAGUGCUGCAGCCAUUUUCCAAAUAAACUAAGGCCUGGAUCUGAUGCAACAAGUUUUGGAAACCCAUAAAGAGAAUAAGAAUAAAGAAGAGAAAUUUCAUUGGCUAGCAGAACCAAAAAAGAUAGGAUUGGGGCAUCCUGAUUAAACAAAUGAUACAGUAUUUAAUAGAACAAAGCAGUCUGGGAAGACAGGACUGUUUCUGGGUAUAGUUUGAGGAAUCCUUCUGUCCUUGGAAAGGGAACAGAAUGGCCAGCCGAUAAGUAGAAAAUAUGGCUUGUACAACCGUCCUCCAAGUUGCAUUUCUGUUUCUUUUCAAAACUUUAUUUAUUACCUCUCCCAAUUCUAAGACUUUGGGAAGGUGGAAGGAAGAACUGUGGCUUUUUCUCCCUCUCCCUGCAUGUGACAAGUUUGUGAUGUCAGUAUUUACUAUUCUGCGUUGCUGACGUUUGGCUGUAUGAAUUAUCCCUACAAGAAGAACAGAUUCAGGAUACUAGAGGUGGAUAUUUGAAUCACCAUUUACAUGUACACUACGUAGUGAAUUAAUAUUCAUGAUGCAUGGCUUAUUUUAAUUAGUGAUUGCGUCUGAAGUCUUUAACUUCUGUUUAUUAUGUAUGUAACCUUCCUUGUUUGCUUCUGAUAAAUUGGAAAGUUGGUUCACUGCCACCUCCUGGAACAUCUCUGCUCACUCUUCCAAGUUUUUCUCAGUGUCAGUAGCCAAAGCUGGGUUUGCCAUUCAUCCCCUAAAUGGUAAAUCUUCUGUUCACUGCUGUCCUCCAUAUCAUUUAGGCAUCUGGGGAAAUAAAUCUUCCAACUAUUAAUGUACAGCGUCUUUGGAGGAUGAAAUACAACAGGAGAGAAGAUAGGAAAUAAAAUAGAGAACUUUAAGAUUUUUUUCAAACCAGAUGUUUCAUGUAGGAUGCAAAAUGUUGACACGUCAUAAAAAUAUGGAUGUGUAAACAACUGUAUCUGUGUUCAGUCUGUAGUAAUGGAAAGUAUAUUUUGCUUUGAUCAAAUAAAUAAUGCUGGAAUAUUCAACCUAA